GCGCCACAAUCUGUCUGUGAGCAGAGUGGAGCGCACAGGUGCGCGCGCAGCCGAGAUGAGACAGACGCUCCUUUUCCCGCUGUUGCUGCUGCUGCUGCUUUGCGGCAGUUCCGCAGGAGAACCACAGACUCCAGUUGGUGUCAGAGAAUAUUACAUCGCGGCCGUGGAGAUCGGCUGGGACUUCAUCCACCUGGAUGAUGCAUCAGAGCAAAGGGUCAAAGCUGCUCCUCAAAAAUACAUUAAGGCGGUUUACAGAGAGUACACAGACUCUACAUACACCAUCCCUGUGGCAAGACCAGCCUGGGCAGGUAUUCAGGGGCCGACCAUCGUCACUCAGGCUGGCCAUAGAGUGGUAGUGCACUUCAAAAACCUUGCGUCUCAGUCAUACAGCGUCAGCCCUGUGGGGAUCACGUAUUGGAAACAGUCUGAAGGAGCCGGGUAUGACGACUCCACUGCAGGCCAGGAGAAGGAGGACGAUGCCGUCUCCCCUGGAGGACAGUACGAGUACGUGUGGGACAUCAACCCAAAAGAUGGCCCCACCCUCAGUGACCCCGAAUGCCUCACUUAUUCAUACUCAUCCCAGGUGGACACAGUCAGAGACGUGAACUCAGGCCUCAUGGGAGCCCUACUCAUCUGUAAAUCAAGCGCUUUCACUGAGGACGGUCGUAGGAGACAUCCAGCCUUUGUCCUGCUGCUCGCAGUCUUCGACGAGACUCAAAGCUGGUAUGGGGAGAGGAUGAGCAGAGAGGUUUUUAAGAUGAGCAAAGGAAGGAAGGUCUACCACACCAUCAACGGAUACGUCAACUCUACUUUACCUGGUUUGACAAUGUGUCACAACCAUCAACUUGUGUUCUGGCAUCUGAUUGGGAUGGGCACCACUCCAGAAAUCCACUCCCUCCGCUUUCAGGAUCACUCUCUGCAGGUGAUGGCACAUCGUAAAGUCAACUUGGAAGUGACUCCGAUGUCAUUCAUCACAGCAGAAAUGAAACCCACAUCUCCAGGCCGCUUCCUCAUUAGUUGCCAGUUAUAUUCUCAUCGCUAUGAUGGCAUGAAUGCAGAGUUCAAUGUGGAGAAAUGCCCUGAGCCAGAUGUGCGCCAUGUCAAACUGGACAGCGAGGAGAUGAGUCACGAGGACUAUGCUUCCAUGUUCAACACCGUCAACCUUCUGCCUCCGUUUCAAGUCAGAUCAAGUCGAGAACAGUCCAAAACGUGGAAGCACUUUAUUGCUGCUGAGGAGAUCCUGUGGGACUACACUCCUCACCUCAAACCUACAGACAGCGUGUUGCAGUCACGACAUUUACCUGCAGCUCCCCAUCACCUGGGUUACAAGUACAAAAAAGUUGCAUUUGUGGAAUACACUGACGCAUCCUUUACCCGGAGGAAACACCUGAAGUUUACACUACUGGGUCCUGUACUGAAAGGAAAGGUCAACGAUGAGAUCCAUAUCAUUUUCAAAAACAUGGCCAGUCGUCCCUUUAAUAUCUACCCCAACGGCCUCACUAAGAUCGAUCCUCUUCAACGUUCUUCCAAUGCUGCAGAGAACAACUUGCGCUCAAUGGGAGUCCCCCCCAAUGAAACAUUUGGCUACAUUUGGAGGCUAACAACAGACGAUGGACCUUUGAAGGGCGACCCUCAGUGUCUGACGCAGGUGUAUCAGAGCACCUUUUCACCUGAAAGUGACUUGGCCUCUGGGCUGGUGGGCACCCUGCUCAUCUGCAAGUACGACGCUAUUGAUUCUCAAGGACUGCUGCUGGGGCCUGAUGAGAAGUUGAACUUAAUUUUUGCUGUGUUUGAUGAGAACAAAAGUUGGUACUUUAAGGACAACAUGAAGCGAUCCAGUCAAAGAUCAUACAAUGCAACAGAACCAGGAUUCUAUGAGUCCAACGUCAUUUACAGCAUAAAUGGCACCAUGUUCAGCGGGCGCCAGUUUGUCAUGUGCCAAACUGAUGUCAUCUUCUGGCACGUGGCCAACGUGGGAACCCAAAGUGACUUUCUGUCUGUGUAUUUCACUGGAAACCUCUUCCAGCGGCAAAGCCUGUACCAAUCUGUGCUUACCCUCUUUCCCAUGACUGCUGAAACUAUUCCCAUGGAGACCGAGCUCUUAGGUGAGUGGGAGAUCAGCGCCUUUGAUAGCAGCCUAAAGAACAAGGGCAUGAGCAUCCGUUACACUGUUCGUCCCUGCAACAAUGGGGACGUCCCGCUGGUUGAUCACAACAGAGAUGAAGAUAUAUCUGCCUAUUUGGAUAAAAUCCUUCCCCUCCCGAGAGGGGUGAGACCCCAAAAUGACACGGCUUUGAUUCGACUCUGUAAGAGGCCUCUUGCUAACAAUAAGAGUAAUCCUUCAAAUGUGAACCAAACUGAAGACACUAGUGCAUCUUGUGAGCUGAGGAGAGUCCCAGUGGCAUUACUGGAAAAGAUCAAAUCUCAUGAAGAGGAAGGAAUUCCAGAGGACAUUCUGGGAAACAUAGACAGGGAAGGGUUAUGGAAAGCUCAUCAGAAUAAAAGUGAAACUGGGGUCAACAGGUGGAGAAGAAGGGCAGAUGGGAACUGGAUUGAACGCGAGAAAAGUUUUAAAGGAACUACGUUAGAGAUUGUUGAAAAAAAUGUAGACAGUGCAGCUAACAUUACUGCAGAUAAUGAGGAGACUCACGUAGAGAUUGUUGGCGAAGGUGCGGAUAAUUUGGCUGACACCAAUUCUGAAGCAAAAACCAAAGAACGUAAUGUGUCGUUGAGUGAAAACAACGAGACCGUAGAACUGGAAGAGGACAACGACUUCAUACUGAGCCCAGAUGUACAGAAUAGCAGCAAAGUCUUGGCUGAAAACAUCAACCAGAACUGGGAACUGCUGAGCCUUAUUUCUGGGGAGUCCGAGUGGCUCACAGAUGACAUGCUAGAACUGGACAACAGCAUCAAUGAUGCCAACACCACAGAGUUGGGCUUAUCCUUAGAGUACGACGACUACAUCAAUGGGGCGCAAAGCACGCCAGGUGCAGUUGGAGGAGUGGACCCGCGCUCUGGAGCAAGGCGACCUCGGCUCUACUACAUCGCUGCGGAGGAGAUCACCUGGGACUAUGGCAUCAGAACACCACAACAGUUCAUCAAACACAGAGAAAUGCGUCGAGGGAUGAGGAAGUUCUUGCCUGAGUAUAAGAAAGUGGUAUUCCGAGCGUACAUGGAUGAUAAAUUUGAGCGUCAAAUCGGCAGAGGAGAGCUUGAGGAACACUUGGGAAUAAUGGGUCCUUUCAUUGGAGCUGAAAUAAAUGAACUCCUCACAGUGACUUUUAAGAACAAAGCAAGUAGACCGUACUCCUUUCACUUUCACGGAGUCUACGACGGACACCAAGGCGCUGGAAUGGGACAAGCUGACUCCAAAGCUGCUCCAGCCGGCAUUCCCGGAGAGCCUGUUCCUCCAGGGGAAGCCCGGACAUACAACUGGAAAAUCAAUAAAAAACAAGGACCCUCUGACUCUGAGUUCAACUGCAGGACUGGAGCUUACUACUCCACUGUGGACAAGGAGAAGGAUCUGCAUUCUGGCCUGAUCGGCCCAUUAGUGAUCUGUAAGGUUGGAACCCUGGAAAUUCAUCUUAACAAAAAGCCAACAAUCCAGGAUUUCUCCCUGCUUUUCCACACCUUUGAUGAAACCAAAAGCUGGUAUCUGCAGGAAAACCUGCAGAAGUACUGCACACCGCCAUGUCAGGCCAACACAGACGAUCCAUGGUAUCACACAAGCAACAAGUUUGCAGCGAUCAAUGGUUAUGUGGCUGAAACUCUACCUGGUCUGAUGGUCGCCCAGCAUCAGCAAGUCAGGUGGCAUCUGCUGAACGUAGGAGGUGACAAAGAGUUCCACGCCGUGCACUUCCACGGUUUGCCUUUCACUGUUCACACCAAGCAGGAGCACCGGAUGGGGGUGUUCAGCCUUUUUCCAGGUGUUUUUGGGACUGUGGAGAUGACCCCCUCCACUGUGGGGACGUGGCUUGUGGAGUGCACCAUAGGGGACUACCAACUGGCUGGCAUGAGAGCAAAACUGUUGGUUUAUGACCCGUACUGUUCCAUACCUCUGGGAAUGAAAUCAGGAUGGAUUAAAGAUUCCCAAAUCACAGCGUCGGAUCACGUAGGAAACUGGGAGCCAGGGCUGGCAAGGCUUGAGAAGUCUGGUUACAUCAACGCCUGGAUGGGCCAAAACAUCAAGUCAUGGUUACAGAUUGACCUUCAGAAGCCCACUUUGCUGCAUGCCAUUGAGACCCAGGGAGUGAGAUCAAGACUGAGGGACCACUACAUUACAUUCUUCAACAUCUCCUACAGCCUGGACCAGGAGACAUGGAAAGCCUACAGAGAGUACAACUCCAAGUUCAGGAUGCUCUUCCCCGGCAACAUGGACAGCUCCACAGUGAGGCGAAACAGCUUUUCUCCACCUUUUGUAGCUCGCUACAUCAGGAUUCAGCCCUUCCGCUUUGGGCUGAAGCCCGCCCUGCGCCUUGAGCUACUUGGAUGUGAUAUCAACAGCUGCUCGUUACCUCUGGGACUAAAGAACAGGAUUCCUGACAACAAUUUUACUGCCUCCUCAUUUUACUCGUCUCUGGUGAGAAGCUGGAGCCCCAGCCUCGCCCGUUUACACCAGACUGGUGGUGCCAACGCCUGGAGGCCAAAGAACAACAACCCCCAUGAGUGGUUGCAGGUGGACUUGGGCUCUGUGAAACGCAUCACAGGAGUCAUCACCCAAGGAGCGCGGUCUGUGCUGACAGAAAUGAUGGUGACGGAGUUCUCGGUCACUUACAGUCAGGAUGAACACACAUGGAGCAGUGUGUUAGAGGACAACUCCCAAAGAGAGAAGAUUUUCACAGGGAACAGCGAUGUAGACGAGGAAGCGCUUAACUUUUUUGACCCGCCUCUGUUCGGCCGCUAUGUUCGGAUCCACCCGCGGGGCUGGUUAAACGACAUCGCCCUCCGUCUGGAGCUGCUGGGCUGCGUCACACAGCCGGGGGUCUGAUUCCAAUAGUUGGGAGCAGGAUCUUGUGCUUGUGUGGAGUUCAAAUAAACUAUUAUUCUGUGGAGCACUUAAUUUAAUUAAAAAACAAAAGCUAUUUUAGCGAGAAUAGUUUACAUUUCCAGUUUUUUUCUGUCCAGUAUUUGUAUGUGUUGAGCUUUCUGAGAGAAUGUUAUUGUUGUUGUUGUGAACAGAUGUUUGAAGAACAUAUCAGAAAAAUUCAAGCGUGUGUACAUAUUCUAGACUCAGAUGUGAAGUUGGGUUAUCACUGGAUAAAGUUUUUGGUUUUUGUGCUUCCUUUUAAGUUUUUAUAAAAACUAUUUCCAAGCA